UGUGGCUUCCUUUUCUGAGCAGACCCUGUGCUAAGAAGCAGCAAAUGUCCAACAGCAGCUCCAUGCCCCAGUUCCUCCUCCUGGCAUUUGCAGACAGGCGGGAGCUGCAGCUCCUGCACUUCUGGCUCUUCCUGGCCAUCUCCCUGGCUGCCCUCCUGGCCAACGGCCUCAUCCUCAGCGCCGUAGCCUGUGACCACCACCUGCACACCCCCAUGGGCUUCUUCCUGCUCAACCUCUCCCUCACAGACCUGGGCUGCAUCUGCACCACUGUCCCCAAAGCCAUGCACAAUUCCCUCUGGGACACCACAACCAUCUCCUACAUGGGAUGUGCUGCACAGGUCUUUCUGCUUGUCUUCUUUCUUGGAACAGAGUUUUCCCUCCUCACCAUCAUGUGCUAUGACCGCUACGUUGCCAUCUGCAAACCCCUGCACUACGGGACCCUCCUGGGCAGCAGAGCUUGUGCCCACAUGGCAGCAGCUGCCUGGGCCGCUGGGUUUCUCAGUGGUCUAUUACACACAGCCAAUACAUUUUCCCUGCCCCUGUGCCAGGGCAAUGCCCUGGGCCAGUUCUUCUGUGAAAUCCCACACAUCCUCAAGCUCUCCUGCUCACACUCAGGCUACCUCAGGGAAAUUGGGCUCAUUGUGGUUAGUGCCUGUUUAAUAUUUGGGUGUUUUGCUUUCAUUGUUUUCUCCUAUGUGAAGAUCUUCAGGGCUGUGCUGAGGAUCCCCUCUCAGCAGGGACGGCACAAAGCCUUUUCCACGUGCCUCCCUCACCUGGCCGUGGUCUCUCUGUUUAGCAGCACCUUAUUCUUUGCCUACCUGAAGCCUCCCUCCAUCUCCUCCCCAUUCCUGGAUCUUAUUGUGUCAGUUCUGUACUCAGUGGUGUCUCCAACACUGAACCCCUUCAUCUACAGCCUGAGGAACCAGGAGCUCAAGGAUGCCCUGAGGAAAAUCAUAACUGGGUGUUUUUCAGAAGCAAUAAACUCUCCUUCUGCAUGCUAUCUUCCUCAUUAAAGGCCAAUCCUGUUAUGGAUUUCAUUAAAGGCCCACCACAUCUUCUCUAUUUUUUACUCCUAGUAGGGGUGGUUUUUUUGUGAGAAUUUGUUCACACCAAAAAAUCUUUAUACAUAUAUAAAGAUAUAUAUAUAUAUAUAUAAAAUGUAAAUAUAUUUAUAUAUAUAUAUAAAGACCAUUUCUAAUUCAAAGUUUGUCUUUCUAGCCUGGCCCACAGGCUGUACAAAUUGGGAAAUGUACUCACUGUGUGCUCAAACCAAAUAAAGAACUCUGCCUUGA